CCCAAGUGCCAGCAGAUGAAUUGCCAGCACAGAUGUGCCAUCACCAGGAACGGCACCCGCUGUUACUGCGGGGACGGGUACGAAACAAGCAGUGACGGGAGAAGCUGCACAGAUGUGAAUGAAUGUGACACGUAUGGAAGCUGCAGCCAGAUGUGUGUAAAUACAGAUGGAUCCUACACGUGCAGCUGUGUGGAGGGUUAUGUGCUUCAGCCCGAUAACAAGUCCUGCAAGGCCAAAAAUAAGCCUGCUGAUAUACCUCCUCUUCUUCUGAUUGCAAGCCCUGAAAGGAUUGAGGUUUUGUACCUUAAUGGCAGCAGAAUGUCUGCCUGGAGCCCUGUGAAGGGAUCUGCAGUGGUGACCCUGGACUACAGCUACAGGGAGGACACGCUGUGCUGGCUUGAGUCCCGAGACCUCUCCAGUCAGCUCAAGUGCUCCAAGAUCUCCAGAGCUGGGACCUUACCGGAGGAGUGGGCAGUGAACAUCGCCCAGAACCUUCACAAUGUGCAGCAAAUAGCAAUGGACUGGAUCACUGGGAAUUUUUACUUUGUGGAUGACGUCAGUGACAGGAUCUUUGUCUGCAGCCGGAAUGGGUCAGUGUGUGUGACCCUCAUCGAGCUGGACCUGAGCAACCCCAAGGCCAUAGCUCUCGAUCCAACAUCAGGCAAGCUUUUCUUUACAGACUACGGGAAUGCUGCCAAGGUGGAGAGAUGUGACAUGGAUGGAAUGAACAGGACGUGGAUAGUAGACUCGAAAAUUGAACAGCCAACUGCUCUGGCACUAGACCUCAUCAAUAAAUAUGUGUACUGGCUUGACAUAUAUCUGGAGAGUGUGGAAGUUGUUGACUAUCAGGGGAGAAGGAGGCAAACAAUAACCAAAGGCAGACAAAUUAGGCAUCUCUGUGGUUUGGCAGUGUUUGAAAACUACUUAUAUACAAUUAAUUCAGACAACCUCAGCAUUUUACGAAUACACAGAUACAAUGGUACUGAUGUUCAGGCUCUUGCUAGGCUGGAUGACUCUAAAGAGAUCCGUGUGUUCCAGAAGAGAACUCAAGCAGCAGUCAGAAGCCACGCCUGUGAGUUGGAUCCGUCUGGAAUGCCGGGGGGCUGCUCCCACCUCUGCCUGCUCAGCAGCAGCCACAAAGCACGGACCUGUCGCUGCAGGACUGGCUUCAUCCUGGGGAGCGAUGGCAGGUCAUGCAAAAGACCAAAGAAUGAAUUGUUUCUUUUUUAUGGGAAGGGACGGCCGGGAAUAAUCCGGGGAAUGGACCUGAAUACCAAAAUAUCUGAUGAGUACAUGAUCCCCAUCGAGAACCUGGUCAAUCCUCGUGCUCUGGACUUCCACGCUGAAACCAAUUACAUUUACUUUGCUGAUACCACCAGUUUCCUGAUUGGACGGCAGAAAAUUGAUGGCACAGAGAGAGAAACAAUCCUCAAAGACGAUCUUGACAAUGUGGAAGGCAUAGCAGUGGACUGGAUUGGAAAUAAUCUGUAUUGGACCAAUGAUGGCCACAGGAAAACCAUUGCUGUUGCCAGACUGGAAAAAGCUGCUCAGAGUAGGAAAACGUUGUUGGAGGGAGACAUGUCCCACCCCAGGGGAAUUGUUGUCGAUCCUGUUAAUGGAUGGAUGUAUUGGACAGACUGGGAGGAAGAUGAAAUAGAUGCCAGCGUGGGGAGGAUUGAGAAGGCCUGGAUGGAUGGCUACAGCCGGCAGGUUUUUGUCACAUCAAAGAUGCUCUGGCCAAAUGGUUUAACUCUGGACUACCGUGCCAACGUGCUGUACUGGUGUGAUGCCUAUUAUGAUCACAUUGAAAGGAUCUAUUUGAAUGGGACUGACAGAAAGGUAGUCUACAAUGGAAAAGAUUUGAAUCAUCCUUUUGGACUGUCACACCAUGGAAAUUAUAUAUACUGGACAGAUUACAUGAAUGGGUCAAUUUUCCAGUUGGAUUUGGUAUCAAGGAAUGUGACACUGUUGAGAAGCGAGAGGCCACCUUUGUUUGGGCUCCAGAUUUAUGAUCCACGCAAACAGCAAGGUGAUAAUGCCUGCCGUGUUAAUAAUGGAGGCUGCAGCACUCUUUGUUUGGCCAUUCCUGGAGGCAGAGUUUGUGCCUGUGCUGAUAAUCAGCUUUUGGAGGAAAACAGUACAACCUGCAUGAUUCAAGAGGGAGAAGUGCUGCCCCAGCUGUGCAAGGCGGAGCAGUUCCAGUGCAGCAACAAGCGCUGCAUCCAGGAGCGCUGGCGCUGCGACGGCGACGACGACUGCCUGGAUGGCAGCGACGAGCACUCGGAGAUCUGCUUCAAUCACAGCUGUCCUGAUGAUCAGUUUAAGUGCCAAAAUAAUCGCUGCAUUCCCAAGAGGUGGCUUUGUGAUGGAGCUAAUGAUUGUGGUAAUAACGAAGACGAAUCAAAUAAAACUUGUGCAGCAAGAACUUGUCAGGUUAAUCAGUUUUCUUGUGGGAACGGACGGUGUAUUCCAACGUCGUGGCUGUGUGACAGGGAGGAUGACUGUGGAGAUGGAACUGAUGAAAUGACAUCCUGUGAAUUCCCAACAUGUGAGCCACUAACUCAGUUUAUCUGCAGAAAUGGAAGAUGCAUUAGCAGCAAAUGGCUCUGUGAUUCAGAUGAUGACUGUGGUGACGGCAGUGACGAGCUGGGCUGCGUUCACUCGUGCUCUGCUGAGCAGUUCAGGUGUCAGAAUGGCAGAUGUAUCCCAGGUCACUGGGCCUGUGAUGGUGACAAUGACUGUGGAGACUUCAGUGAUGAAACCAAAACAAACUGCAGCAGGGAAGAAACUCCCUCUCCUGGAAGGUGCAGUGGGAGGGAAUUUCAGUGCAGUCCUGACGGGAGCUGCGUUCCUGAGCUGUGGCGCUGCGAUGGAGAGAAGGACUGUGAGGAUGGCAGUGAUGAGAAAGGCUGCAAUGGAACUCUGAGGGUGUGUGAUGAGAAAACAAAGUUCUCCUGCAGGAGUACAGGGAGAUGCAUUAGCAAAGCGUGGCUAUGUGAUGGCGAUAUUGAUUGUGAGGAUCAGUCUGAUGAGGAUAAUUGCGAGGGCUAUUUGUGUGGACCACCAAAAUACCCUUGUGCUAAUGAUACCUCCAUCUGCCUACAGCCUGAGAAGCUCUGCAAUGGGAGAAGAGAUUGUCCUGAUGGAUCUGAUGAAGGCGAUCUUUGUGAUGAAUGUUCACUAAACAAUGGUGGAUGUAGCCAUCAGUGUUCUGUGGUUCCUGGAGGAAGAAUUGUGUGCUCCUGCCCUGCGGGAUUCAAUCUCACUAUAGACAACAAAACUUGUGAGAUUAUGGAUUUCUGCACCAAGCACCUCAAGUGCAGCCAAGUUUGUGAACAGCAUAAAAAUACUGUGAAGUGCUCAUGUUAUGAAGGCUGGAAGCUCAGUAAGGAUGGAGAGAGUUGUGUUAGUACUGAUCCAUUUGAGGCUUUCAUAAUUUUUUCUAUUCGACACGAGAUCAGAAAAAUCGAUCUUCACAAGCGUGACUACAGCCUCUUAGUUCCUGGUUUAAGAAACACAAUAGCCCUGGAUUUUCAUUUCAGUCAGAGUUUACUGUACUGGACAGAUGUGGUGGAGGACAAAAUUUACAGAGGGAAGCUCUCUGAUACUGGAGGUGUUAGUGCCAUUGAGGUUGUGGUGCAGCAUGGCCUGGCCACUCCUGAAGGUCUGACUGUGGAUUGGAUAGCAGGAAACAUUUACUGGAUAGACAGCAAUUUGGACCAAAUUGAAGUAGCAAAACUCGAUGGCACUUUGAGGACAACGUUAAUAGCUGGAGCUAUGGAGCACCCGAGGGCUAUUGCUUUAGAUCCCAGAUAUGGAAUUCUGUUUUGGACAGACUGGGAUGCAAAUUUCCCUCGCAUUGAGUCUGCUUCCAUGAGUGGAGCAGAGAGGAAAAUCAUCUACAAGGACAUGGACACUGGAGCCUGGCCCAACGGCCUCACUGUGGAUCACUUUGAAAAAAGAAUAGUGUGGACAGAUGCCAGAUCGGAUGCCAUUUAUUCUGCAUUGUAUGAUGGAACCAGCAUGAUAGAGAUUAUACGGGGUCACGAAUAUCUUUCUCACCCUUUUGCUGUUUCUUUGUAUGGGAGUGAAGUUUAUUGGACAGAUUGGAGGACCAAUACCCUCGCCAAAGCCAAUAAAUGGACUGGCCAAAAUGUCAGUGUAAUACAAAAAACAAGUGCUCAGCCAUUUGAUCUCCAGAUUUAUCAUCCGAGUCGCCAGCCACAAGCUCCCAACCCAUGUGCUGCCAACGAGGGCAGGGGUCCCUGCUCUCACAUGUGUCUGAUCAAUCACAACAGAAGUGCUGCCUGUGCCUGUCCACACCUGAUGAAACUCUCUUCAGACAAAAAAACAUGUUAUGAAAGAAAGAAGUUUCUUCUUUAUGCAAGGCGUUCAGAAAUAAGAGGGGUGGACAUAGAGAACCCAUAUUUCAACUUCAUCACAGCCUUCACUGUUCCUGACAUUGAUGAUGUGACAGUCAUAGAUUUUGAUGCUGUUGAGGAGCGUUUAUACUGGACUGAUGUGAAAACACAGACCAUCAAACGUGCCUUCAUCAACGGGACUGGUUUAGAAACCAUCAUUUCAAGAGAUAUUCAGAGUAUCAGAGGUCUUGCAGUGGAUUGGAUAUCCCGUAAUUUAUAUUGGAUUAGCUCAGAAUUUGAUGAAACCCAAAUUAACGUGGCACAUUUGGAUGGUUCCUUGAAAACCUCAAUCAUCCAUGGAAUUGACAAACCCCAGUGUCUUGCAGUUCACCCAGUAAAAGGGAAGCUGUACUGGACGGAUGGCAACACAAUCAACAUGGCAAACAUGGAUGGCAGCAACAGCAAAAUACUCUUUCAGAAUCAAAAAGAUCCUGUUGGUUUAUCAAUAGAUUAUGGGGAGAACAAGCUUUACUGGAUCAGUUCAGGAAAUGGAACCAUAAGCAGAUGCAAUUUGGAUGGUGGUAAUCUCGAAAUAAUUGAAUCAAUGAAAGAAGACUUAACAAAAGCCACAGCUUUAACCAUUAUGGAUAAAAAGCUUUGGUGGGCAGAUCAGAACUUGGCUCAGAUCGGCACCUGUAAUAAAAAAGAUGGAAGAAACCCAACUGUCCUGAGAAACAAAACUGCAGGUGUGGUUCACAUGAAAGUGUAUGAUAAGGCAGCACAGCAAGGCAGCAAUUCCUGUCAAUUAAACAACGGGGGAUGCUCCCAGCUUUGUUUGCCAACAUCAGAAACCACCAGAACUUGUGUGUGCACAGUAGGCUACAACCUCCAAAAAAACCGCAUGGCCUGCAAAGGUAUUGAAUCAUUUCUCAUGUACUCUGUUCAUGAGGGAAUUAGAGGAAUUCCUCUUGACCCAAAUGAUAAAAUGGAUGCUUUAAUGCCUAUAUCUGGGGCUUCAUUUGCUGUGGGCAUAGAUUUCCAUGCAGGAAACGAUACAAUCUAUUGGACAGACAUGGGUUUCAACAAGAUCAGCAGAGCUAAGCGAGACCAAACCUGGAAAGAAGACAUUGUCACAAACGGUCUGGGGCGAGUUGAGGGCAUUGCAGUGGACUGGAUAGCAGGUAACAUAUACUGGACAGACCAUGGCUUCAACCUGAUCGAGGUGGCGCGGCUGAACGGCUCGUUCCGCUACGUGGUGAUCUCCCAGGGGCUGGAGCAGCCACGCUCUAUCGCGGUACACCCAGAGAAAGGGUAUUUAUUUUGGACAGAAUGGGGACAGAGCCCUUGCAUAGGCAGAGCACACUUGGAUGGCUCUGAGAAGGUUGUCCUUGUGAGCCUGGGGAUUGCAUGGCCUAAUGGGAUUUCCAUCGAUUAUGAGGAAAAUAAAUUGUAUUGGUGUGAUGCUCGUACCGACAAGAUAGAAAGAAUUGACCUUGAGAGUGGAGGGAGUCGGGAGAUUGUGCUGUCAGGGAGCAAUGUGGAUAUGUUUUCAGUUGCUGUGUUCGGAGCUUACAUCUACUGGUCUGACAGAGCACAUGCAAAUGGCUCUAUUAGAAGAGGCCACAAGAAUGAGGCCACGGAUGCUGUGACCAUGAGGACUGGCCUUGGAAUAAACCUGAAGGAAGUGAAAAUCUUUAAUAGAGCACGAGAGAAAGGUACCAACAUCUGUGCCAAGAACAACGGCGGAUGCCACCAGCUCUGCCUUUACCGCGGCAACGCGCGGAGAACUUGUGCCUGCGCUCACGGGUACCUGGCAGAGGAUGGGGUCAGCUGCCUCAGGCACGAGGGCUACCUGCUCUACUCGGGAAGGACAAUAUUAAAAAGCAUCCACCUUUCAGAUGAGACCAACCUGAAUUCUCCAGUGAGACCCUACGAAAACCCAGAGUACUUCAAAAAUGUGAUAGCGCUGGCCUUCGACUACAGCCUGAAGGGAAGGGGCACCAAUCGCAUCUUCUUCAGUGAUGCCCACUAUGGAAACAUCCAAGUUAUUAAAGACAACUGGGCUGGCAGAAAAGUGCUAAUUGAAAAUGUUGGGUCAGUGGAGGGCCUGGCUUAUCACAGAGCUUGGGACACUCUGUACUGGACCAGCUCCACCACGUCCUCCAUCACCAGGCACAGCGUGGACCAGCGGCGCCGCGGGGCGUUCAACCGCGAGGCCGUCAUCACCAUGGCCGAGGACGACCAUCCCCACGUGCUGGCCCUGGAUGAAUGCCAAAACUUAAUGUUUUGGACUAACUGGAAUGAGCAGCUCCCAAGCAUCAUGAGAUCCACCCUCUCAGGCAAAAAUGCCCAGGUUAUCAUUAGCACUGAUAUUCUGACACCAAAUGGACUCACCAUUGAUCACAGGGCAGAGAAACUUUACUUUUCAGAUGGCAGCUUGGGAAAAAUUGAGAGGUGUGAAUACGAUGGAUCACAAAGAUAUGUCAUUGUCAAGUCUGGCCCAGGCACAUUCCUCAGCCUGGCUGUAUAUGACGAGUACAUCUUCUGGUCAGAUGGAGUGAGGAGAGCCAUCCUGCGUUCCAGCAAAUACACGGGAGGAGACACCAAAGUUCUCCGCUCCGACAUCCCGCACCAGCCCAUGGGAAUCAUCGCUGUUGCCAAUGACACCAACAGCUGUGAGUUAUCUCCCUGUGCACAAAUGAAUGGAGGCUGCCAUGAUUUGUGCCUUCUGACGCCUGAUGGACGAGUGAACUGCUCGUGCAGAGGGGACAGAGUCCUGAUAGAUGAUAACAGAUGUGUGAGUAAAAAUUCUACUUGCAACAUCUAUUCAGAGUUUGAAUGUGGGAACGGUGAAUGCAUUGAUUAUCAGCUGACUUGUGAUGGCAUUGCUCACUGUAAGGACAAGUCUGAUGAGAAACUUUUCUAUUGUGAAAACAGAGGCUGUCGGAAGGGCUUCAAGCCGUGCUCCAAUCGCCGCUGUGUUCCCAGUGACAAAGUCUGUGAUGGUGCCAAUGACUGUGGUGACAACUCUGAUGAAUUUGACUGCAAAGACUCGUCGUGUGCCCCGACAGAAUUCCGCUGUGCAGAUGGGGUUUGCGUGGGGAAAUCGGCGCGGUGCAACCAGAUCAUUGACUGUGCAGAUGCCUCGGAUGAAAAGAACUGCAAUAAUACAAACUGUACUUACUUCUAUAAACUUGGGAUAAAGUCUUCAGGAUUUAUCAGCUGCAAUUCCACUUCUCUCUGUAUACUGCCAGAAUGGAUUUGUGAUGGGUCUAAUGACUGCGGAGAUUAUACAGAUGAAUUAAAAUGCCCAGUUCAAAACAAACCCACAUGUGAAGAAAAUUAUUUUGGUUGUCCUAGUGGAAGAUGUAUUCUGACCACCUGGCUUUGUGAUGGGCAGAAAGACUGUGAGGACGGAGUAGAUGAAUUGCACUGUGAUUCGUCCUGCUCCUGGAAUCAGUUUGCUUGCUCUGCAAACAAGUGCAUCUCCAAGCAGUGGACCUGCGAUGGUGAGGACGACUGCGGAGAUGGGUUAGAUGAGAGCGAUGCCAUCUGUGGCUCAGUGACAUGUGCUGCAGACACCUUCAGCUGCCUGGGCUCCCACGCCUGCGUGCCCCAGCACUGGCUCUGUGACGGGGAGCGCGACUGUCCCAACGGAAGCGAUGAGCUCUCCACAGCGGGCUGUGCUCCCAAUAACACUUGUGAUGAGAAUGCUUUCAUGUGCCAUAACAAAGUCUGCAUUCCCAAACAGUUUGUUUGUGACCACGAUGAUGACUGUGGAGAUGGAUCAGAUGAAUCCCUGGAAUGUGGGUAUCGUCGCUGUCGUCCUGGAGAGUUCACCUGUGCUGACGGGCGCUGCCUGCUGAAUUCCCAGUGGCAAUGUGAUGGGGACUUUGACUGCCCAGACCACUCUGAUGAAGCCCCUAUCAACACCAAGUGCAAAAGUUCAGAGCAGUCAUGUAACAGCUCUUUUUUUAUGUGCAAAAAUGGCAAGUGCAUUCCUCAAAAUGAGGUUUGUGAUAACAAAGAAGAUUGCAGUGAUGGGUCUGAUGAGAAAAGCUGCCACAUUAAUGAAUGCCUCAGUAAGAAAGUCAGUGGCUGUUCCCAAGAUUGUCAGGACCUUCCAGUUGGAUACAAGUGCAAAUGCUGGCCUGGAUUUCUCCUGAAGGAUGAUGGCAAAACUUGUGUAGAUAUUGAUGAAUGUUCAUCUGGAUUUCCCUGUAGCCAGCAAUGCAUCAAUACCUACGGAACCUACAAAUGCUUGUGUGCAGAAGGGUAUGAAACACAGCCUGAUAACCCAAAUGGCUGCAAAUCCCUUUCAGAUGAGGAACCUUUCUUAAUUCUGGCUGAUCAUCAUGAGAUAAGAAAAAUUAGCACUGAUGGAUCCAACUACACUUUGUUGAAACAGGGGCUGAACAAUGUGAUUGCAAUAGACUUUGACUACAGAGAAGAGUUCAUUUAUUGGAUUGAUUCCAGCAGACCAAAUGGCAGUCGCAUAAACAGAAUGUCUUUAAAUGGAAGUGACAUCAAGGUAGUUCACAAUACAGCUGUUCCCAAUGCCCUGGCUGUCGAUUGGAUUGGGAAGAAUCUCUAUUGGUCUGAUACAGAAAAGAGAAUUAUUGAGGUGUCUAAACUCAAUGGCUUGUACCCAACCGUCCUUGUGAGCAAGAGAGUGAAGUUUCCCAGAGAUUUGUCCUUAGAUCCUCAAGCUGGAUACCUGUACUGGAUCGAUUGCUGUGAGUCCCCUCACAUUGGCCGCGUUGGGAUGGAUGGAUCCAGGCAGGCUGUGGUUAUAGAAACACAGAUAUCCAGACCUAUGGCUCUCACCAUAGACUAUGUCAACCACAGACUGUACUGGGCUGAUGAGAAUCACAUUGAGUUUUCUGACAUGGAUGGAUCUCACAGACAUAAAGUCCCUAAUCAAGACAUCCCAGGGGUGAUUGCACUGACAUUGUUUGAGGACUACAUCUACUGGACAGACGGGAAAACCAAAUCCCUCAGCCGUGCCCACAAAACCUCUGGCUCGGACAGGCUCUCCCUGAUUAACUCGUGGCACACCAUCACAGACAUCCAGGUGUAUCAUUCUUACAGGCAGCCUGAUGCAAAUGUCAACAUGAAAUCUUUUACUCCUGCUGGCCUUUCCUCUUUGCAGUUCCGUUGCAAAACCGACAAAUGCAUCCCGUUCUGGUGGAAGUGUGACACAGUGGAUGACUGCGGGGACGGCUCCGACGAACCCGCCGAGUGCCCUGAAUUCAGAUGUCAGCCAGGACGUUUCCAGUGUGGAACUGGGCUUUGUGCUCUCCCAGCGUUUAUCUGUGAUGGAGAGAACGACUGUGGGGACAAUUCUGAUGAACUGAACUGUGACACACACGUGUGUCUGUCAGGGCAAUUCAAGUGCACAAAGAACCAGAAGUGUAUCCCAAUAAACCUGAGAUGCAAUGGCCAGGAUGACUGUGGUGAUGAAGAAGAUGAAAGAGACUGUCCUGAAAACAGUUGUUCUCCAGACCACUUCCAGUGUAAAACAACCAAACACUGCAUUUCCAAGCUGUGGGUGUGUGAUGAAGACCCAGAUUGUGCAGAUGGGUCAGAUGAAGCAAACUGUGAUAAAAAAACUUGUGGACCUCAUGAGUUCCAGUGCAAAAACAACAACUGCAUUCCAGAUCACUGGAGAUGUGACAGCCAGAAUGAUUGUGGAGAUAAUUCUGAUGAAGAAAACUGUAAGCCUCAAACAUGCACUUUGAAAGACUUUCCUUGUGCAAAUGGAGACUGUGUUUCAGCAAGAUUCUGGUGUGAUGGAGACUAUGACUGUGCAGAUGGUUCAGAUGAGAGGUAUUGUGAAACAGGCUGUUCUAGGGAUCAGUUCCAGUGCUCCAAUGGCCAGUGCAUCUCAGCAAAAUGGAAAUGUGAUGGUCACGAGGACUGCAAACUUGGGGAUGAUGAGAAAAACUGUGAACCAGCAUCUCCAACCUGCUCUUCAAGUGAGUACGUGUGUGCAAGUGGAGGCUGCAUUUCAGCAUCCUUGAAAUGCAACGGGGAGUUGGACUGUGCUGAUGGAUCUGAUGAGAUGGAUUGUGUGGCAGAAUGCAGAGAAGAUCAGUUUCGGUGCAGAAACAAGGCCUACUGCAUCCCUGUGCGAUGGCUGUGUGAUGGGAUCCACGACUGUGUGGAUGGCAGCGAUGAAGAAAACUGUGACCAAGGGGGAAAUAUUUGUAGAGCUGAUGAAUUUCUGUGCAACAAUUCCCUCUGCAAACUACAUUUUUGGGUUUGUGAUGGUGAGGAUGACUGUGGAGAUAACUCUGAUGAAGUUGCUGAAAUGUGUGUGAAGUUUCCCUGCCCUCCAACGAGGCCCUACAGAUGUAGGAACAACAGGGUUUGUCUGCGGCCUGAGCAGAUUUGCAACGAGGUCGAUGACUGUGGAGAUAACUCGGAUGAGGAUCACUGUGAUAAAAUAACAUAUAAAGCCAGACCGUGUAAAAAAGAUGAGUUUGCUUGCAAUGACAAGAAGUGCAUUCCCAUGGAGCUGCAGUGUGACUGGUUUGAUGACUGUGGAGAUGGCUCAGAUGAGCAAGACUGCAAAAUACGCAUCGCUGAAUAUACAUGUGAAGAUAAUGUGAAUCCUUGUGGAGAUGAUGCAUUCUGUAAUCAAACAAAAUCAUCCCUUUUGUGUCAGUGUAAACCUGGAUUUCAGAGAAACAGGAGGAAUAGACAAUGUGAAGAUAUCAAUGAGUGCAUGGUGUUUGGUACGUGCUCCCAACACUGCCAUAAUUUAAAGGGCUCUUACAGAUGUGCCUGUGAGAAAAAUUAUAAGGAGAGGAACAACAGUUGCAUAGCAAAAGGCUCUGAAGAUCAAGUUCUCUAUGUUGCUAAUGACACUGACAUCCUGGGUUUUGCAUAUCCAUUCAACUACAGUGAUGCUCAUCAGCAAAUAUCACAUAUUGAACACAAUUCAAGGAUAACUGGAAUGGAUGCAUAUUUUCAAGGGGAUAUGAUUGUUUGGAGCACUCAGUUUAAUCCAGGAGGGAUUUUCUACAGAAAACUUCACGACAGAGAGAGAAGGCAGAGUAACAGUGGCUUGAUAUGCCCAGAGUUCAAAAGGCCCAGGGGCAUUGCUGUGGACUGGGUGGCUGGGAAUAUUUACUGGACUGAUCAUUCCCGGAUGCAUUGGUUCAGCUACUACACAACUCACUGGACCAGCCUCAGGUACUCCAUCAAUGUGGGACAGCUGAAGGGACCCAACUGCACCAGGCUCCUCACCAGCAUUGCAGGAGAGCCAUAUGCAAUUGCUGUGAAUCCUAAAAAGGGGAUGAUGUACUGGACAGUUAUUGGGGAUCGGUCUCACAUAGAGGAAUCAUCUAUGGAUGGUACUCUGAGAAGGAUACUGGUUCAAAAGAACCUGCAAAGACCUACAGGUCUCGUGGUUGAUCAGUUCAGCCAGCGCUUGUUCUGGGCAGAUUUUGAGUUGUCUGUUAUUGGCAGUGUUCUUUUUGAUGGGUCCGACUCAGUUGUGUCUGUGAGCACAAAACAAGGUUUACUGCAUCCACAUAGAAUUGACAUUUUUGAGGAUUACAUAUAUGGAGCAGGCCCUAAAAAUGGUGCAUUUAGAGUACACAAAUUUGGCAAGAGCCUUGUAGAAUAUCUAAGUGUGGAUGUUGAUAAAGCAAAAAGUGCCUUGAUUUUUCACCGCUACAAACAAACGGACUUGCCUAACCCCUGCUUGGACCUGACGUGUGAAUUCAUUUGUUUACUCAACCCUUCUGGUGCAACAUGUGCUUGUCCAGAAGGAAAGGCAUUGAUGAAUGGAACAUGCAUUGAUCAGAGCCUCCUAGAUGACAGCUGUAAAUUAAGCUGUGAGAACGGAGGGAAGUGCAUCAUAAAUGAGAAGGGGGAUGCCCGCUGCCACUGCUGGCCAAGCUACUCUGGGGAAAGGUGUGAAACCAACCACUGCUACAACUACUGCCAGAAUGGAGGAACCUGUGGGGCUUCUCUCCUUGGCCGGCCAACCUGCAGCUGUGCUCUGGGUUUUACGGGGCCGCGCUGCAACCAGACCGUGUGCGAGCGCUUCUGCCAGAACGGGGGCACCUGCAGUGUCACUGCUGGCAACCAGCCCUUCUGUGCCUGCCUGCCCGAGUACACAGGAGACAGGUGCCAGUACUAUGUUUGCCACCACUACUGCGUGAACUCCGAGUCGUGCACGAUUUCCGACGACGGCCGCGUGGAAUGCGUCUGCCCCGCGCGGUUCGAGGGCCCCAAGUGCGAGGUGGACAAGUGCACCCGGUGCCACGGGGGACACUGCAUCACAAACAAGGACAGCAGUGACGUAGUGUGCAAUUGCACUAAUGGAAAAAUUGCCUCCACCUGUCAGCUGUGUGAUGGAUACUGCUACAACGGUGGCACCUGUCAGCUGGACCCAGAGACAAACAUACCUGUCUGUCUAUGUUCAGCCAACUGGUCAGGCACACAGUGUGAGAGGCCAGCUCCCAAAAGCAGCAAGUCUGACAACAUCAGCACCAGAAGCAUAGCAAUCAUUGUUCCUCUUGUUCUACUGGUGACUUUGAUCACUACUCUUGUAAUUGGACUAUUUCUUUGCAAAAGAAAACGAAGGACAAAAACUAUCAGAAGACAACCCAUGAUAAAUGGAGGAAUCAAUGUAGAAAUUGGCAAUCCAUCAUAUAACAUGUAUGAGGUGGGCCAUGACCACAGUGAAGGUGGUCUUUUAGCCUCAGAUUUUACUCUAAAUGCAGAAAAGGCCAGAUACAUAGGGGGAGGGUCCACUGCAUUCAAGCUGCCCCACACAGCUCCAUCAAUCUACUUAAACUCUGACUUGAAAGGACCACUAUCAACAGGGCCAACAAAUUACGCCAAUCCAGUAUAUGCAAAGUUAUACGUGGAUGGACAAAACUGUCGAAACUCCUUAGCAAGUGUUGAUGAAAGAAGAGAACUUCUUCCAAAGAAAAUAGAUAUUGGGAUAAGGGAGACUGUGGCAUAA